AUGAGAUUUUACUUCGUGCCAGGGAAUGGACGUGGGCAAGCAGUAUCGCGUUUCGAUCGGCGACUAACGACAGACCAUUACAUAGAAGUGGGUUUUGAUAUCGCGAUCGCUUGGCAAUGGGAUUUGCCAUUGAGUCGAGAUUAUCCUCACGGAAGCGGAGAACUUGUUGCGAGUGCGACUCACUCGAAAGAUGACCUCGGCGUAACUUUAAAAUCCGUGAACAUUAGACGGGGAAACGACAAGGGAAGUAACGGCAAAAGAGGAUGGACAGGAAGAGAGACUUCUGAAUGCAAAGAGAGGAGAGUGAACUCUAGACCACUUCGUCACACUCGAGAGAAGACAGAGAGGGUACGGCAGCUUGUUCUAGUUUACGGUUCUCAGAACGAACGCAGAGAAAACUCAGCUACCGUGAGCCUUGCGUGGCUAAGAGGCUACCCCGAAAUUGUCGUAGUACUCUGUCGGAUUUGGUGUCGAAAUAAAUCGGCAAAGGUUGCUCUCCAAACCGUAUCUUUAUCCAGGAUGCCACUGAAUGAAACAUAAGAAAAUUAUGCUGCACGUACCAGAUGGAAGAUACCUUCGUAUGAGGAUUUCCAAGACACACAUUUUUUGAGAAAAAUAAAUCUUUGCAAUCGUCGAUCGAAUCACUGGGAAAAUCGAUUUUUUACAAAUAGAUUGCCGAUGCUUAUGC